UUUAAAUAAUUCUAAAAUGGAGGAGGAGUAUCUUAAUUCCGAGUUGCGUGGAAUUCUGGAACAAUUCGUGAGAAUUCGUGACGCAUACGUUGCGAUGGAAACUUACUGUGAAGUACAAGAAGAAGCACUGUCGAUUGAGAAAGAGCGUAAUGAGAAGAUGAAAGAGAAUCUAGAAAAGCUUUCGAAAACUUAUUUGCUUCUCGAAAAGAGAUAUAAGACCACUGUUGAGAAAUUGCAGAAUGAAGGGAACGAUCUUCGUAAAAUGAUCGAGGAAUUGAAAAAAGAUUGCGAUGAUCUGCGUCUCAUUAAUGCAGAACGUAUUGCAAACGACGAGCAAAUGCGCGGAUUGCAAGACGAAGUGGAAUGUUUAAAAGUACAGUUAUUAAUGCAAGAAGAGAAACAUAACGAGGAUAUUGCAUUACUGAAGCAACAACACACAGAUGAAAUACAAAGAUACAAAAUAUUGCUGCAAAACGCAAAACUGGCCCCUACUUCCAAUGAACCUAAAAAAAGAGGACGGCCCAAAAAUUCGGGAAAAAAUAAAAAAGAUACCUCGUACUUUAGAUGGCCAGAAUUGAACAUAGAGAAAAUAAAUGAUACAUAUAUGGGUUUCGAGAAGGAAAUUGUAAAUAAAAAUAUUGAAACAAAAAAAAGGAAAUUGUUUCAUGAAGACAAAGAUACCACAGUCGAUAUUGUUCAAAAAUAUUAUUAA